AUGGCAUUAGAUAAGAGUAAGGUUAUGGAGGGCCUGAAAGAUCUUCGAUUCAUUUACCCUGCGGACAAAUUGUCGCAGGACUAUAUGCUUCAAGUUCAAUUUCCCUCCCAGUACUUUCCCAAAAGCAUCGUCGGCAUCCCCGAGGGAGACCAAGUCGACUCGACAGGUUUGGACACACUUCUAAUUGUGAUUCGUCGCAUCAUUAGCCAGCUACCCUUGGAGUUUCGCGACGCGAAGGACGAAGCUGUGCGACGGCGGGAGCAAGCCAACCCGCUGCUCCGCCUCGCGAUGGCCGACUUCGUUUCGACCGAUAAGGAUAUCCUCCAAGCUGCUAGGUACCAUGCUCUGAAAGCCUUCUACGGAGGCCAACGUGAUGCGAGUUAUCGUCCGACUGGCAGCUAUUCUGCAGGUGGGCAUAGAGGCGUCGGCGCAUCUCUUGUUCACAGGGGGGGCCUGUGGAGUGCCCUCGGCCUGUGGCAGGAGAAAGUACAAAUGGGAGUAAAAGCAUUGGAUGCGUUCGUGACCAACGGUGCUUUCCGGAUGCUUUUUCCAACCCCGUGGCUAAAGCUCAACCCCGCCGGCAUGUUUAACGUGCAAGUUAUUGUAAAGAACCUCGAAGAAUAUUUCAAAAUACCCCCGUUUCUCGACGGAGAAGAGCUGGGCGCGACAGAGCUCACGGACGAAGAAGUCAUCUUUAUCGAACAUGAGCUUCUGUCGACUUACAGAUACAACCUCGUAGCUCUUCCUAGCGAAAAGCAAUCACGGCCGUUUGACAUAGCGUCUCUUUUGGACGUCGGCGUGGAUAAAACCAAUAUCCUCGACGUCGAAAAGGCUUGGGAAGACUAUAAAGAGAAAGGAUGCGUGGCGAUUUACACAGGACUAACCGUCAAAGGUAAAGAAUACCUCGCUCAGGAUGUUACCCUGUUAUGUAAUAGCCUUCUUGAUGAUGUAAGGAAGUAUACGGGGAUGGGAUAG